CGUAUCUUGCGUGUUGCUAACGGUGGCUAUACCCUGCUUUCUAGUGUUGCCUGUGCUGUGGAGACUGCGGUGAGGGGUUGCCCUUUAGGGGCGCCCACGCAAACAUGGCCUAUGCUUACUUGAACGACGAUAGCUUGCCUGAGACAAGCCAGCUGUGGGCGGACAUUCUGGGGAGGGACGUGCAGUGGGAGACAUAUGCCACAGCAAGACUCAUUACCGACAAGGACUUGCAGCUUAUCCGGCGCUAUGACAAGCGCUCGCCGGAGCUGAAGUCAUCCAUGUUGGAUGAGUCUGGGCCGGCCUACGUCGAAGCCUUCAUGACGGUCCUUAAGAAUGUAACGCAACCGGACACAGUGCAAUAUGUUCUGGCGCUGCUAAUCCAGAUGCUGCAAGAGAACCCAACCAGGGCCCGGCUAUUCCACCAGCAAAGCGAUCAACAUCUUUCUGCUCAGCCGGACCCAUACACUGUGUUGGAGAGGCUGCUGCAGCGCCAGGAUGACUGGUGGUCGCAGGACAAGGCCUGCAAGCUGUUGACGAUUGUCAUCGAGAGCAGGCCGCGUAAAGCGCUGGGCGUGGCUAACGGGGCGGGGACUUCGGACGGGUCAGCCUACGCAGCGGCUGUGGACCCAGCGGAGACGCACAUCAGCCUGUUCCUGGACUGGCUGGUCAGCCAGCUGAACAACCGGGCCAACCUCGCGAAAAACCCGCCCACGGUCAUCAACACGUCCAUUAGCUGCUUGGCUGCGCUGCUGAAGGAGCGCGGCGCGCGACAGCUGUUCCUCCGGGCAGGCGGCCUGCAGGUGCUGCCCGGCGUGAUGCAGCGCGCCAAGGACUCGCCCACCAGCUCGCAGCUGCUGUACGAGACAUGCCUGUGCGUGUGGCAGAUGACCUUCCUGCGGCCCGCAGCUGAGCUGAUGGCAGGCGUGGGGCUGGUGAAGCUGCUGGUGGAGGUGUGCCGGGUGGCGCAGAAGGAGAAGGUGUUCCGCAUGGCGCUGGCGGCGCUGCGCAACCUGUUGGGCUUCGAGGACCUGGGGCUGGCCAGCGACAUGGUGGAGGCGGGGCUGAACAAGGUGGUCAUCACCCGACAGCUGCAGUCCUGGGGCGACGAGGACGUGGUGGAGAUGCUGGGCUACGUGGACGAGAAGCUGAAGGAGGGCAUCGUGAUCGUGUCCAACUUUGACAAGUACAAGAAGGAGGUCAUGAGCGGCCAGCUGGAGUGGAGCCCCAUGCACUCCUCCGACUUGUUCUGGCGCGAGAACGUGGACAAGUUUGAGGAGCGUGACUUCCAGGUGCUGCGCGUGCUGCUCAAGAUCAUCGAGACCAGCCGCGACGUUAAGACGCUGGCUGUUGGCUGCCACGACCUGGGCCAGUUCAUCAUCCACCACCCGCAGGGCCGCUACAUCGUGAACGACCUGCGCGGCAAGGAGCUGGUCAUGCGGCUGCUGAGCCACAGCGACGAGGAGGUGCAGAAGCAGGCGCUGCUGUGCGUGCAGAAGCUCAUGCUGAGCAAGGACAAGCUCGAUUUCCUCAAGGGCUAAGUGUGGGCCGUGGGCGCGCUUGAGAGUGGUUGAAGGGGAUGGGUGUUACUGAAGGUUUUCAUGGCGGUAUGAAGGGGACGUCGGACAGUGCUUUUGGAGAGCGCGGUAGUUAGGUAGGGUAUGGGCAGCCCGUUUGCAUCUUGGGCUAUGGGACUAGUUAACAAGCUUGAUGGGAAUGAUAGGGUGUUACAAGAAGUCCCGAAUCUGCAGUAAUCGGCUCCUGGUCAGUGCCGGUUUCCUUGGUAGCAAUGUGGUUUUAGUACAAGCUGCUGAAAUACUCCGGCUGGUCUUGUACUUGCGUGCGAACCGGACUACAUGAUGUGUGGGAGGUGUGUUUUGCUUUCUUUGGGUUGGCACUGCGCUCCAGGGCGGGGCCGGUGUAGACCGUGCGGGAGGGACCCACGGGAGUGACACGCUGUUGCGUGCGGGCUAUGUAACACGAAAUGCAAAC